AUAUAGAACGACUGGAUACGAUACGAUAGAAUACCUGUAGAUGGCAGCGUUGCAGUCCUCUGCUGGUCAUCAGAAACCCCUGACCACCGCUAACGAUAUCCUUGGAUUACCUAAUUUUGCUAUUGUACGAAUCCCUGAAGGUGGCGAUAUCAUCAAACUUUUCAGUUUACUGUUAAACAAUGGUUUCCCGGAAGUGUCAUUUGUAAAUGAAAUUCGUGAAAAUGCAUUUCUCCCAGUGCUUAAUACAACGACGACUCCUGUUUCUGAUCUUACACAUUUCUCAAACACUGUAGCUGUGCAGGAUUCAGUAAUAUCCUCAGAUGACAAUAACUCCCAGUUGCUUAUUACUGAUGAUCAUCAUAUCACUCAUCCGUCUCCGGCACCGUCUAGCUCUAAUUCCAUCCAUGGUUUGGCUACUUCAACUGCCAUACCGUCACCCAUACCGUUCGUUGCUCGACCACGUGGGUCACGGGCGAUUGCUAAUGAUGACCCAUCGUUGUAUGCUAUUUGUCAGCUGUGUCAAAACAAAAUAAUGUCCAGUCGUCUAUCAAAUUUGACCAAUCAUUCUGAAACAAAAGAAGUUGAAAUAUUUGUGGUAUUCGUCUUCAGUUUCCAUCCAAACUUUGUCACCGCCGACGAUCGUUCAUUUGCGGAUUCAGUAAUAUCCUCAGAUGACAAUAACUCCCAGUUGCUUAUUACUGAUGAUCAUCAUAUCACUCAUCCGUCUCCGGCACCGUCUAGCUCUAAUUCCAUCCAUGGUUUGGCUACUUCAACUGCCAUACCGUCACCCAUACCGUUCGUUGCUCGACCACGUGGGUCACGGGCGAUUGCUAAUGAUGACCCAUCGUUGUAUGCUAUUUGUCAGCUGUGUCAAAACAAAAUAAUGUCCAGUCGUCUAUCAAAUUUGACCAAUCAUGUCCGUCGACAUGCAUCGCUCAAACAGUUCCAGUGUGUUUAUUGCAUCUACACUCAUAAUGAAAUGGCUAAAGUACGUUUACAUAUGCAACAUAAUCAUAAGGAUCAUGUUAGUCAGCCAUUAGAUGCACUUACGCCGGAAAUGCAAAAUCAGUGGGAUUUACUCAUGGAUCAGUGUUUUCCGGGUUACUCCAAGUUUUCAACAUUCAAAGGUGGAGAAAAUGAUCGUUCGGCCGAUUUAAUGUUAACGGGUCUGAAUGAUUUAUCGUAUGCUUGUAUUGAGUGCGGUGAACGAGUUAGUGCUGAAGCACUUAUCGAACAUCUUGAUAAAGUACACAGAACAGAAUGCAUACCCUACUGCUGCGAGGAAUGUGGCUAUCAGAAUGCUGAUCAGUGGAAAGUACGCCUCCAUAUUACGUUGAAACAUUCGGAAAUUGCGGCCGAUGUAAACGUUGAAGUGUUGGAGCCCGGUAGCAACCUCGUCAUGUUCCUUCACAAAUAUUUCCCGGAUACACCAGCUGAUGAGGAAGAAAACAAAAUGUUAACGCAAUUUCAAAGUUUGGCGCCAAAAGAGGAACGAAAUAGUAUGUCGCCUAUAAAUUUCAACGGAUAUGUAACGUCCAUAGUAGAAGUCAAUAAUGAUACUGGAAAUCACGUUCGAUGUGAGCUCUGCCAAAAAAUGAUGCCAAACUACCGUUCACUUUCUUCACUAAUGAAUCAUGCUAAGCGACAUUAUCAUUUGAAACAGUAUCAGUGCUCGGAAUGCUCAUAUACUAGCAGUGAAGCGGCCCAUGUACGUACCCACAUGGCGCUUAAGCAUCCUCAUGUUGGUGCAAAACCUAUCGAUAACAAUUGUGAAAUGUUGCAAAAUGCUUGGAUCGAUGUGAUGCGUAAAUGUUUUCCCGGAUUAAUUUCAAAAAUUGACCAGUUCCGAUUCAAACACUCCAGGAGUGAAGAUGGUAACAAGGAGGAAAAUUCGGUUGAUGACGGAGAGAUCUUUACGCGUAGCAAGAGGAGUUCUUUUAAGAACCAUACUGCAACAUCUCCGCAACGCAAACUACAGAAACUACAAAACGGGAAAGUUAGUGGUGCCAUCGAGUCGUAAACUUCUCCGAACUUAUGGGCGAUAGUUGUUAGAUUACCGGUGAUAAAAUUUGCAUAAUGUUGAAUUACUGUGUAUAUUGUUUCCGUUUUGACAGUACUUGUUUGUUUUGUUUUGGGAGUAUCUUUUACACACAAUUGAAUUACAGAGCAAAAGCAAUACUGUACUACUUCACAGUUUACGUAAUGAGCAAUGAAUGUACAUUUAUGGCGCGAAAAGCUACUUAGAAAUUAGCUUUUUCAUCGUCCCUAAAGAUAACCGGUAGCAAACAAUCUACAACCAACAAAGUCAUGACGCACGCAUAUCAGAAUAUUAAUCCGUGCAUCAACAACAAUUAUGGAGAGUAAUUUUCAAUUCAUUUAUAACAGAUCAGUUUAAGAUCUAAUCCAGUGGGAGUUAUCUCCGAUCUGCUGGGAUAAAAAAACUGCUGCUUAUAAGGACUGAAUCAAAGAGAAAGUUCUCAAAUCUUGUUGUUGCUCUUUUCAGCUUGAAUUUUUC